AUGACUGAAGGGGAGUAUGCAACUAAGUUUCAAGAAUUGAUGAAAUACUGUCCUCACUAUCAGCAUGGUGAUAGAGCGAAGGAUCUGUGUGCUCAAUUUGAACAUGGAUUGAGGUCAGACAUUUGGGCUGCAGUCAGUGUGUUUCAACUGACGGACUUGUCCACUCUGGUGAGUAAGAGCAGAAUCUUUGAAGCUAACUCAAGAGGGAAGACGGUGGACACUAUGGGAGCCAGCCCGGUGAGGCAAGAUAGAAGACCCCCUAGGUUCUCAAGGGGACCGUAUUCGGGUUCAAAUAGCUCUCAGUCUCAAGGGAGUUCAUCUCAGGAGAAUAGCAGUGGGAGUGGUUCAGGAUCAAGCUCUUUCAGAGGGCCGCUCAAGUGCUUCAGGUGUGGAGGGCCACACAUGGUGAAGGACUGCCCACAGCCGAAGAUAACUUGCAGCAACUGUGGGAAGUCAGGGCACAUUGCCAAUGAGUGGUGGGCCGCUAAGAGAAACGAUAGUUCAAGUGCAUCCCAGAGGCCGGAAUCAAAAGGAAGCACGGGGCCAAGUACGGGGCAGAAGCUAAGCAUUCCGGGUAGAGUCUUUGCUAUGAGUGGGGCAGAGGCUUCACAAUCAGAGGAACUAAUCUGA